AUGAUAAAAUUAAAAGGAUGGCUGCCAUUGGUAGCGCUCAUCGCUACUACAAUCGGUAAACCUCAAAAUGGAAAUCUGGCCCCGAAUUCGGAUUUCAAGGGCUUGUCAUUUGACAAUAUCGAAUGGGCCAAAGCAACUUCUAGAGCUAGCAAGUUCGUUGCGCAAUUGACCUUGGACGAAAAGAUUGGUAUCGUCACUGGAAACGCGUCAAAUCUUCAAGGAUGCAUUGGCAACAUAGACGCAGUGCCUCGACUCAACUUCCAAGGAAUAUGUAUGAUGGAUGGACCGCAGGGAAUAAACCGUGCUGAGAGCGUCAGCGUCUUUCCUAGUGGUAUAACGAUGGGGGCUACUUGGGAUACCAGCCUCAUCUACCAACGUGGGAUGGCGAUGGCCAAGGAGUUUAAGGGUAAAGGAGCUCAUGUUAUGCUUGGACCUGUAUCUGGACCACUCGGCCGCAACGCUCUAGGUGGCCGCAACUGGGAAGGCUUCGCGGCUGACCCGUACUUGACUGGCCUCGCCAUGAGCGCCUCUAUUGCAGGAGCACAGUCCGUCGGGGUACAGACGAGUUCGAAACAUUUCAUCGGGAAUGAACAAGAGACGCAAAGAACACGGACCACCUCGAUCGAUGGGAGCAUCGUUGAGGCGGUGUCAUCCAACAUAGAUGAUAGGACACUUCACGAACUCUAUCUUUGGCCCUUUGUCGAUGCAGUCAGAGCUGGUACAACAUCAAUCAUGUGUAGCUACAACCGGGUCAACCAGGAAUAUGCAUGUGCCAACGAGAGGUUAUUGACAGAUAUUCUCCGCGACGAGAUCGGCUUCCGUGGCUACGUAGUCUCGGAUUGGUACGCUACUCACAGCACGUUGGCGACUGCCAAUGCUGGCCUUGAUCUAGAGAUGCCCGGUGUAUCCUUAGCCCAGGAUCCUACAUACUUCGGUGACGCCUUGCUCGGGGCUGUCUCCGCGGGUAAUGUAACGCAGAGCCGAUUGGAUGACAUGGCUACUAGGGUUCUGACACCUUAUUACCUGCUCGAACAGGACAACGACUAUCCCACUGUCGACCCUGCCUCUAUCUACAACUAUGUGUUCCAGGAGGUUGGGUGGGACAGCCCUUAUAUUCCAUUGCUACUGCCACUGCUUGGAGAUAAGGAGCCACCUGCUGGUAGGGACGUCCGUGGAGACCAUGCCUCUCUUAUCCGAAAGAUAGGUGCCGCAGGUUCUGUAUUGCUCAAAAACGAGGGCGGCAUUCUGCCUCUGAGUGCUAGUACGACUAUGAACAUCGGUAUCUUCGGGAACGACGCCGGCGAUCCGACAGAUGGGCUCACUGCCCUCUUGACGGAUGAUCCGCUAGGUUUUGAGUAUGGCACCCUUGAUAUCGGUGGAGGUUCCGGCACGGGACGUCACUCAAAUCUCGUUUCGCCGUUAAAUGCAAUCAAGGAGCGUAUUGCCAACACCGGAGGCAAGGUACAGUAUCUAUUGUCUAACUCAAUCAUUUCUGAGAAUAACUUUCGGACCAUCUACCCUAGACCAGACGUGUGCCUGGUGUUCUUGAAGACUUACGCAGCGGAAACCUACGAUCGAGCUUCCUUCGAGGCUGACUGGAAUUCGACGCAAGUCGUCACUAACGUUGCCAACUUUUGCAAUAACACCAUCGUCGUCACACACUCUGCUGGAAUCAACACCAUGCCCUGGUCGAAUCACACAAAUGUCAAGGCUAUCAUUGCCGCCCACUUACCCGGCGAAGAAACUGGAAACGCAAUAGUCGACGUCCUCUGGGGGGAAGUCGAGCCGAGCGGCCGACUACCCUACACGGUUCCCAAAUCGGCAGCAGACUACGGUAUCCCCAUCACAAACCUCACUGGACAAGACGUGGGGCGCUAUGGAUGGCAGGCAAACUUUACCGAAGGUCUGAUGAUAGAUUACCGCCAUUUUGACGCUUUCGAUAUCGAACCACUCUUUCCAUUUGGGUUCGGACUGAGCUACACCACUUUCGAAAUGGCAACGCCGGCGACAUUUACCAGUCUCGUUCCGAGCGGAUCGCUAACGCCGACUCCCGACGCAGCUGUCGAGAUUCAACCAGGUGGCAAUCCUGAGCUCUGGUCUACCCUAAUCACUGGGACUGUUGCGGUCAGAAACACUGGCACCAGAGCUGGUGCUACCGUGGUUCAGCUUUAUAUGUCCUACCCCAAAUCUUCUGUGCCGGAUGGGACGCCGCUAAGGGUCCUCCGUGGGUUCCAGAAGGUGUAUCUUGAACCUGGGGCUGAAUCGGUGGUGUUAUUCAACCUCACAAGGCGUGAUGUCAGCUUUUGGGAUGUGGACGCGCAGUCUUGGCGAGUGCCAGAGGGUGAAUUAGGGUUCUACGCUGGGUUCAACUCACGGGAACUUGUUCAGAAUGCAACGCUUAUAUUGCUGUAG